AUGGAGUCUUCAGGUGAGAACCCCGCCAGUGAUCCGAAGCCUGAGUCGGUCCCUGAUGAGGAUUUUGGGACCCUGAAAUAUCAGCUACUCGGUCCCUCUUUAACUAAAGCGGGCCAAGAUUCCGUCGAUCAGCAAAAGGUAUCAGAAAUUAUAUACAAUGCCUCCAGGGGCUCUAAGUUCUUUAAGCACGAACAGGAUCGGGAUCGGAAUCUAACGUUGAAAAUCGAGCGAAUUCUAAAAGAAAAGGCACGGCUAGAACGUCUAGACUUGAGCAGUGAGCUACGACGUGCCGAUGAAUACCUCGCGGAGCUUGAAUCGAGCCGUGAGCUCUCUCAACAUGUCAUUCACGUGGAUUGUGACGCGUUCUUUGCCGCCGUCGAGGAGCUUGACCGGCCCGAAUUCAAGACAGUGCCUAUGGCAGUCGGUAAAGGAGUGCUGACAACCUGUAAUUAUCUGGCGAGGAAGUUUGGCGUCAGAAGUGGUAUGGCCUCAUUUGUCGCGAAAAAGCUCUGCCCGCAGCUGGUUCUUUUGCCGCCGAACUACGACAAAUAUACCGCAAAGGCCAAGGAAGUCCGAGCUAUCAUGGCCGAGUAUGACCCUCUCUUCGAGAGUGCGAGUAUAGACGAAGCCUAUUUGAAUAUCACAGCAUACUGCGACGAAAAUCACUUGGAGCCUGAUGAGGUUGUUCAACGGAUGCGCGCAGAGAUAUUGGAAACAACCAAGGUGUCUGUUUCCGCCGGAAUUGCUGCUAAUGCGAAGAUUGCAAAGAUUGCAUCCAACCUCAACAAGCCCAAUGGACAAUUUCAAGUCCCCAAUGAACGGGAGGCAAUUAUGAAAUUCAUGCGUGACCUGUCGGUCCGCAAAGUGAAUGGAAUUGGCCGAGUAUUUGAGCGAGAGCUGGAAUCAAUAGGCGUCAAAAAGUGUGGUGAUAUCUACCCACAUCGUGCUUUAUUGACCAAGCUAUUUGGGGAGAAGGCUUUCCAAUUCCUGGCUCAGUGCUACCUCGGUCUUGGGCGGACCAAAAUUGAACCUGUCGAGACCCACGAACGUAAAAGCGUCAGUACAGAGACCACUUUCCAUGAAAUUGGAGACAAGGAGGAACUUCGAGCGAAGCUCUGGUGGGCUGCGCAGGAGCUUGAAAAGGAUAUGGCCCGGACUCAUUUCAAAGGCCGCACGCUUGCCCUGAAAGUCAAACUGCAUACUUUCGAAGUGCUGACGCGCCAGACAGCUCCAUCUCGUGCCGUCUUCCUGGCAAAAGAUUUGUACUCCUUUGCUUUGCCCAUGCUCGCCAAGCUUGAGAAGGAUAUUCCGAACAUAAAGCUACGGCUUCUCGGCCUUCGCUGCUCGAAUCUGGUCAGCACUCAGAAAGUUGGAAUCAACUUUUUCGGCGUAGCAACACAACCAAAACCCGCCACCGAGCCAACUUCUGAGCCCGCCCCUAUAUCGACAUCGGAUGUCAAUGUAUAUCAUGAGAUUUGUGCCGAGGAGGCUUUCGAGGCGGCGGCUCGCCAGGAAAUACAGGACGAGAUGAAUGAUCUAGAGCAGCUGAGUCAAGAGACACCCGAUGUUCAUGAGCCAGAGGCCUCUGCAGCCCCACCGGUGGUUGAAACACCCGCGAUGUGGGAUUGUCCUGUAUGUACACGACCGCAGAUUGCGGAUGACCGCGCAUUCAACGAGCAUGUGGACUUCUGUCUCUCUAGACAGACAAUCCGCGAAGUCGUGCAGGACACAUCAGAAGAAACAUCCUCAAUACCCCCCAAUUCCAGAAAAAGGAAGUUGCCAUCACAGGCUGGUAUUCCCGAAAUGGAUCCAAAACAGAAGCGGCUUUUUUUCCAAUGA